GUAAAUAUAUAUAUAUAUAUAUACAUAUAUGUAUAUAUAUAUAAACAAAAGUUUAUUUUCCAUGAUAUUGUGAGAAACUUCUUAAAAAAAUAUUAUAUUUAAACGUUCGAAGGAAAUAUAAAGUGUUCGUUUGUAUCAUCGUUAAUGUGUCAUAUGAUAUUGAGAUAUUAAAUAAGAUGGAUUCGGCAGGUAUAAGUGUAAAGGUAUUUCAAGAUAAUAAAAAUAUUUACGAAAAUUAUUCCGAAUAUUCGAACGUGAAUGAUUUGAAUGACGUAAUUUGUAAUAUACGUAACAUACAAGGGAAGAUCAAUGAUUUUUUAACUCAACUUUUACAAGAGAAUACAUCGACCGAUAAGAAAAAUCACAUGGCCGUGUCGGAUACGGAUUCAAACUCAACCGAUGAAGAUGUUGAAGUUGGGCCAAAGAAAUGCAAAUUGAUAUCAGUUUUCUAUUUGUCAGAUUACUUUCUAACGUAUUGUAUCGUUCGUAUAACCUCUGGGAAUGAAUGUAUGCAGAUAAUACCAAAUCGCAGUGUAUAA